AUGCGGUUUUCAUUAUACGAGUGGCGAAAACAGAUUGCUUAUUUUAAACGAAAGAAUUUUAAAGAUUUAAAACAAGCUCGUGGUGUUGUUAAUACGAUUGCAUUUUUUGUUGUUUGGGGAUACGCAGGUUAUUUUAUUGCAAAUAGAGCCGAUAAAUCGGCUAAAGAAACAGGUAUUCCACAUAGUAUUCAACUUGCUAGAUUAACAGGAGAACGAUACGUUACCAAGUGGAAUAUAAAUACCGGUGAAAAAGAACAAAUCGGUAAGAUUUCAAUACAUUGA